CGCUUUUUAUUAAAAUCCUGAAAUCCCUUUUCUCUUUUUGUGAUUGAAAUUCUGAAAACGCCCCACACCAGAAUCAGAUACAUAUCUUCUCUCAGCACACAGCCAUGGCUUAUGACCCUGCUAGUGAGAACGACGCGCAGGCUCUGCAAUUCAUAGAGGACAUUACCAGAGACGCAGCCUCCGUGCAAGAGAGAGUUUUGGCCGAGAUUCUCAGCCAAAACGCCGAGACUGAAUACCUUAAACGGUUUCAACUCAACGGAGCCACCGACCGUGACACUUUCAAAUCCAAGGUUCCUGUCGUUACUUACGAGAAUUUGCAGUCCGAUGUCCAACGCAUUGUCAAUGGUGAUCGUUCCCCCAUCUUCUCCUCUUGUCCAAUCUCUGAGUUCCUCACCAGUUCUGGAACAUCUGGUGGGGAGAGAAAACUGAUGCCGACAAUUGAUGAAGAGAUGGACCGUCGUCAUCUACUGUUCAGCCUUCUCAUGCCUCUGAUAAAACAAAAUGUGCCGGAUUUGGACAGCUGGAAGGCGCUUCGAUUUUUGUUCAUCAAGGCAGAGUCGAAGACUCCAGGCGGAAUAGUGGCACGCCCAGCCAGCACAAGCUAUUACACAAGCGAGCAAUUCAAAAAGAGACCAUUUGAAGCGUACACGAGCCCCAACGAAGUCAUCGCUUGUACUGAUUCGUUCCAGAGCAUGUACGCGCAGAUGUUAUGUGGUCUCAUCAUGCGACACGAAGUCCAAAGAGUCGGAGCCAUUUUCGCCUCUGGGUUUCUUAGAGCCCUCAAAUUUCUUCAACAUAACUAUCAACAAUUAGCCCACGACAUCUCCACGGGGACUCUAAGCCCACAAAUCACAGACGCUUCUAUCAGAAAAUGCAUCGCUAACAUCUUGAAACCCGACCCGGACCUCGCAGAUUUCAUCACAAGAGAAUGUUCCAAAGAGAAUUGGGAACGCAUGAUCACCAGAAUUUGGCCUAACGCUAAAUACCUUGACGUUAUCGUCACGGGUGCUAUGGCUCAGUACAUCCCCACUCUCGAUUAUUACAGUGGUGGCCUACCUCUCGUCUGUACCAUGUAUGCUUCCUCGGAAUGUUUCUUCGGACCUAAUCUCAAACCCUUUUGCGACCCAUCUGAAGUAUCCUACUUAAUCUUGCCAAACAUGGGAUACUUCGAGUUCUUGCCCCUUGACGACAAGUCAUCUUCUGAUCCGGUGGAUCUGACCGACGUGGAAGUCGGAAAGCAAUAUGAGCUGGUUGUGACCACGUACGCCGGCCUGUGCCGAUACCGAGUCGGCGAUAUUCUCCGAGUCACGCGGUUCCACAACUCGGCCCCGGAAUUUCAGUUCGUGGGCAGAAGGAACGUUCUGUUGAGCAUUGACUUGGACAAAACAGACGAGGCCGAGCUGCAAAAAGCCGUUGACAAUGCGUCGUUGCUUCUAAAGGAGUUCAACACUAGCGUAGUGGAGUACACCAGCUACGCCGACACUAAAUCCGCCCCAGGACAUUACGUGAUUUACUGGGAACUGUUAACGAAGGACGACCCUUCCGUCUGGCCCACGGAUGAAGCCUUGAACCGGUGCUGUCUAGUGAUGGAGGAGUCGCUGAACGCUAUGUACCGACAAGGCAGAGUGGCCGACCGAUCUAUUGGACCGUUGGAAAUAAGGGUGGUGAAGAACGGUACGUUUGAAGAGCUUAUGGACUACGCGAUCUCGAGAGGCGCGUCGAUCAGCCAGUACAAAGCGCCGAGGUGUGUCAGUUCGACGCCAAUUCUGGAACUGCUUGACUCGAGAGUGGUUUCGGUUCACUUCAGCCCUGCGGCACCACACUGGACGGCGGGAGGUCGCCGUUUGGAUUGAUGCAAUGAUGGCCGAAAUUGAAUGUCCAACCCAGAAAGCGUUAGGCUUUGUCUCUUGUAUAACUGGAUGAUCACCUAUGUGCCGGCUUUUUCAAGAAGUGAUGUAAUCGCUCUUGUCUCUUCUUCAAUUUGUUACUUAUUUUUGCUAUAUUAUUCUGGUUCUUGUUUGUCCAUUAAGUUAAAAAUUGGUGAAUAAUAAGUUAGUGUCAUGUCCAACAAA